GCAAAACAACACAUUUUCAAGGGCAACCGCUCAUAGAUAUCCACCCGAUGUUUGAAUUUAUACACUAAUGUGCCGAAACAUCAAGCAGAGCGAGAACAAAAAUCGUUACGAAAACAUUACACAACGUCUUCUCUCCAUUUCUUAUCAAUGGUUCAUUCUUAUCUAAUAUCGGUCCGGUGACAUGCUCCAGCAAUCAUCACGUGACUUAGUUCCGCGGGUUUCACUGUCUGCUAGGGUGUAAUGUUUAGUAUAUAAAACGUGUUGUCUUACAAAUACGUACAUCACUUUCUUACACUUACACUUACAGUGUGCCGGUGUAUUAAUAAUACUGCUCCAUUUCGUGGUGUCGUGUUUUGCCCACUGUUGUAGGCCCAUAUCUUACACAAAGACAAUGAAGGUUCAAACAGGAUCAUUCCUUUUCGUCUGCCUUGUUGCAUACACAACGGCCUUGUAUGCCGUCAGAAGAACCCCGAUGGGUGACUAUAAGUUUGAGAUGAGAAGCAACAUGAUUUCAUUGGACAUGAUGGCUCGUGAUGUUGAGGAGGCAGAAAGGAAUGAUCCCAAUGCUCCUAACAUUCCUGAACUGGCUCAGGACAUUGGUCUGACAACAUUGGUGACUGAGGUGGGCAAAGCUGGUCUGGCUGAAACCUUAUCCGGCCCUGGUCCCUUCACAGUGUUUGGGCCUACCAACCAAGCUUUCAGCAAUCUCCCAGACGAUGUGAAGAAACUUAUUGCCAACACAACCGUUUUAGCAGAAGUCCUCAAGUACCACGUGCUAGCGGGCGAGGUGAAAUCUUCACAGCUGAAGGAUGAACUUGUUGUGAAAACAGUGGAGGGCAGCCCUCUGAGAGUGAACAUUUACGACAACGGUGUGUACACAACCCAGUGUUCACCAAUUGACCUCAAACAAGUUGACAAAGUUGCUUCCAACGGUGUGGUGCACGUUUUGAACAGAGUGAUGCUCAUCCCAUACGGCAAUAUCGUACAGAGUGUUGCGUCUGUCGGGAAGUUUAACACUCUCGUCACAGCCGUCAAAGCUGCUUCAUUGGUGGAAGCUCUAAGUGGACCAGGUCCAUUUACUUUGUUCGCUCCGACUGACGAAGCCUUCAUGAAACUUCCCCCCGGCACUCUGGAGAAACUGCUGAAGAACCCAACUGAGCUUGCUGCUAUCCUGAAGUACCACGUGGUGUCUAAAACUUACUGCAGUGCUGGGCUGACCUCUGGAGAGGUGACCACUCUCAAUGGUGCAUCUGUUGAAAUCAAAGUUAACAAAAAAGGUGUAGAGGUGAACAACGCAAAGGUGAUCUCGGCUGACUUGAGUGUAACUAAUGGAGUUGUACACGCCAUUGACUCCGUCCUUCUGCCUCCAAAUGUGGACCUGAGCAUUCUGUGAAUCAAACUGAGUUUUACUGUGUUUAAUUAGUGUUAGUUUUGUUAUCAUCCUUAAUUAUUGUUAUUGAGAACUGAAAACUGUUUUACUUGUUGCUUGUGAAAAGGGAAUUAUUUCUAUACAAGUAAGUCUGUCUCUUUUGAAUGAAGUUCCUAAAUGGGAAAUGAUAGUAUUAUAUUAUAGACAAGUUCCUUCUAAUUUUGAUGAAGUUUUAAAAAAGAAUACUCUUUAUAUAAAUUAGUUCUUAAGUACUCUCCCUUUUGAAUACUCAACUGUUUUUUUAAAUAUCAUAUUUCAAGAUACUAGAUAUUAUUACGAUGAAUAUGAAAAUAUUCCUUGGAUGUACUUUACGUAUCUACCUUUGCUUUUGUAGUUUUCAUCCUUUGCAUGUACAAUAUUUUGUAUUGUUUGUUAGUAAUUUUUGCACUUUCAGUUGUUUUUUUUCAAUAAAACGGAACAGCACAA